AUGGAUCAGCUAUUCAGGGGCGGUCAAUUAGUGUACGGAGCUGCAACGAUGGGGAGAGUGCUGCGACUGGCAAGCAGAUGA